UCGCUAACCGGUAGCGGAAGCACUGUGAGCUGAGGUCACAUUGGGUGGUUUCUGUAAUGUUUUGAGAAAUAUCGUCACAAUGGAAGCGACUAAAACAGAUGAGCAUUUGAGGCAUGUGGAGAAAGAUGUCCUGAUCCCCAAAAUAAUGAGGGAGAAAGCCAAGGAGCGCUGUGCUGAGAAAGUUGAAGCCUUCACUCACUGCUGUAAGGAAUCCGGCUUGUUAAUGGUUUUAAAAUGUCGUGAAGAGAAUUCAGCGCUGAAGGAAUGCCUGACAAAAUACUACAAGGACCCCACCUUCUUUGAGGAGUGUAAGCAGGAGUACAUCCAGGAAAAAGAAGAAUAUCUGAGGACGGGGAUCUCAGCCAAGAACAGAUCACAAAGACUCCCAACCAGCAUGUAACCAGGAAGAUUACACCUGAACAUCUUCCCUCUUUUUGAGGUUGUGGAGAACGGGACUGUCCACAUUCGGCACUAAGUCCAGGACCUUCAUGACACAUGACAGCAGUGUGACAGAAUAAAGCCAUUCUCACGUCUCUCUUGGUGUAAAUCUACGUACGUUCUGAACGCCCUUUGUGAGACUCACUUAUUCAACAGAAGGACGCUGUUGAAUAAUGGCAACAGUUGUGCUCACAGUCAGGUAUGAUUGUACUUUAAAUUGUCUCAUUAUACUAUUGGGAAGCUCAUUCUGCCAAUUCUGUAAAUUCAGUGGAAACUGAAAUGCAUUUUCUGGUUUAACAUGUUAAGGAUCAGUUAAGCUUUGGUGAUGACAAACCAACUUAUGUAAUAAUGAAAAGGAGCUUCAAUUGUUGGGUAAAUGUAUUAUAUUCACCAUGAUUGUUUCCUGUG